UCUUUUCUUUUACUAUAUUACACGGUAAUGAAACACUCCCUAGAAUUUUCGACAUUUUCAGAAGGCAUUCCCCUGCGUGCCGCACCCUGGCGGCUUCUGGUUCAACUUCAUGUCCUCGUUCCCAAGCCCGCUGCAAACUCAAACUCGUUCUCAUUCAAUGAGUCAAAAUUCUUGUCCCCAACAUUCCCAAGGUAAUGUUGCUUCGCCAUUCCCCGAUGUUCUUCGCGAGCACGAGAACUGUUUGUGUAAAUGCCUCAAUCAAAUUUGCUCUUCUCUAUCCGGGAAUUUCACUGAUGACACCCCCAGAUCCAGCACCAUUCAGCUCUCGCCUACUUUAAAUCUCAGUCACGAGUACAGUCUCGCUUUGCAGAACAAUUCUUACAAUGAGAUACGCCACAUGAUUGAAGCUCAAAUGCAAGUCGAGAAUGUGAUUGAAGGCGAGGGUACAGAUGCCCAUCACUUGCGUUUGUCGCCGGUACUGCGCCCCAACAGAGAUUGCGUCCACCAAGCUCUUCUCCACACAAAUCCCAAUGCUACACUCACUCACUUGCUUUCUACGUACUUUGAUCACAGCGAAAAUAUCACCACUCUUUGCCUCAUGCUCCGCCAAUGCGUAUCUCGUGCUCGUACUCUGUAUGCUCCUAUUACUCAUCUUCUUCAGGAGUUCCCUUAUGACCCAAGUUCUAUCCAUAUCUCGCAAUGUAACUCCGCCAUUGAUGUUUUCACCCAAUUCGAUAGCCUUGACAAUCCUUUCCCAUCUCCUGAUUCCCAUGAUUUCAACGAAAUGCACCACAGUUUCUCCCAGCUCAAGGAGCAGCUUGAUCACCACCGCAACAAAUCCCUUUCUAGAUUUCGCUUCUUGCACCGCGCAACUUCUGGCUCUGCCUUUUGCCUAAUUGGCACUGUUGUUGGAGUUGCCACUUCGGCCGUGGUUAUCUCCACUCAUGCCCUGGCUGCCUUUGUAUGCCUGGUCUCUACCUCACUUUGUCCUAUUUAUGUUCCAAGUCAUCUCAAGAAGAAACAGCUUGCGCAUAUGGCUCAGCUGUAUGCUGCUGCCAGAAGUGGAACUUUUUUCCAUAUCAAUUAUCUUGAGUCUAUUGUCUGCCUUGUUGACUUGUUGCAUUCUGCUGUUAAGGGCGAUAGGGAGCUUAUAAGAAUUGCGUUGAAAAGUAGGGACAUAUAUCCCAUCUAUGAAGUCGUGAAAUAUCUCCGCAAUAGCCGCAACAAAUUUUUUGACAAGCUCAAAGAACUUGAGGAUCAUAUAUACUUUUGCUUUGAUGCUGUCAAUAAAUCCAGAGCUAAUCUGGUUGACCAGAUCCAUCCUCAUCAAUCUUCUAAUUCAUGAUCGUUUGGUAGCUUCUUUUGUCCUAUUUACUCUUUAUAUCAAUGUGUAUUGCUGUACUCUCCUUUGACUAUUGCCACUGGCCCUUCAUUUUAAACUUGGGCUGUUAUGAUUCAUUCCUUGUGCCUUUAAGAGCCGUGGAUUGUUGGACUGAUCAUUGUGGGAAGGUAUACUUAGUACUUCAACCUUGUCUUCUUGCCCUUAUUUGACCUGAGUGCAAACCAAAUAAGAGGUGGAAUGCAGGAGGCAUUUAAGAGCUAAUAGGCUCUCUGGGUUUUUGCUGAUCAACUGGUUAAGUGAAAGAACCAAACAUGGAAUUCCUUCCAAACUUGGUCAAUUGGCCUUUCUCAAGGGUCUUCACCUUUUCCAUAAUUCUCUUACUCAAACCACAACUUGCUUUCAUCCGACCGUUCUGGACCUUUCUUUAAUUGAACUUUCUGGUCUGAUACGUAAUCUCUAACAACAGAGUAGUUCACACUGCCUUAAGAAGUAAUAGAGGUUGGCCUUAAGAGGUUCCCUUGAUAUGUAAUCGUCUACCAAUUUAGAAGGAAGAAGUUGACAAGACUUGGUGCCCUGACAGGAAAAAAUGGUUAUGGCUUUUGCAGAUUCUCCUAUUGAGCUGAAUUAUAGUAAUUUCAGCAUCCCAAACCCUUCUGGUACAGUCAACUUACAAAGCAGAGUUCGUCACUAGAGGAAUUCUUCGUAACUCUUAUUGGGUAUCAUGUAGAAGAAUAUGAGAUGUUCUUUGUUUACAAAUUAUCUUUCUGGUCGAAACCUUGAAACUUCCAUUCAUCACAAGCGAGUAACAAAUACUCUUUUUUUCUUUUUCUUUUUUUAUAAAGUGACUUUUUCUUUUACAUGAAUGGAGUUGGGCUUAUAAUACUGAACAAACUUUAUGAAGAAGUGAGGAGAUAAAACCAACAUUGGGGCGAAUGACCUGAGUCUGAACAAUCCUCUUAUUUAUCUCAUAAAUUAAUUGCAAAUGAUAUUUGUAUUUUGUUCUUUUUUUAUUUGAGAAUUAUUAUCAUUUGGUGCA